UGGCAGCCUAACAGUAUGCGCCCAGAGGUCCUGUGUAUUACUUCCGAGGGUGAGAGACGAAAAAUACAGAAAGAACCAUCGAGAAGCGCUAUGGUGCUCGCUGGUUGGUUGUGCUGCUCGUUGCAGGUGCUGGUCUAUUCAUCCUUUCAUCCAUCUGGCGUCGGGCUCCCAUGUGGCAGCGCGUCUUGUCGGCCAGCCUCCUUAGCGCCAUGAAUGAGGGCUGAUCUACGCCAAGGGGUAUGACCAACUUGGGUCCUCGCCCAGCUCUUGUCGUCGAAGCGGCCAUCCGUCUCCUCUCGUCGCCAGGGGAGCUGCCAGAGGGUGCCCUCGAGAGCAGCCUUGAGGCGCUGGGCGUUGCCAAGAGGCUGGGCCAGGGUGGGUGCGAGGCCCUGAGGAAGAAUUUCCGCAAUGGGCGACUCCUGGAGCGCGUGUUCGAUGCUUUCACCGACAGCGGCAACACGGCCAGCCAGGACGACGCGGCAAACAUGUGCGCCGUGCUGAUCCAGAGGGCAGAGGCGCACCUCACGCACGACAUCAUCCAGCUGUGUGGAUCGCCUCAACGGUUCAUCGGCAGGCUGGCCACACUGCUGACAGAGACCGACAAUGACAACAUCGCGGACGUCGCCUUCGCGCUGCUGCAUGCGGCCAUACCAAGGGCAGGAAUGAGGGCAAUGCGGCCGACUAUCGAGACCAUUGUGUGCAGCACCACCCCGCCAUCUUCGACAAGGCAGUGGCGCUUUCGGGCAAGACGGGGGUCAGUGCAGCAAGUCUGGCCUUCCUGCUGUCGGCCUUUUCGACGGAUAAUGAAUUCGGCCCGGCCUUCCCCGGCCCUGCUGCCGUGCCUCCUCUGGUGUGGGUGGGGGUGUUCCGGACAGUCGUGGGCGUGCUGACGUGUGAGGACCAGGCAACUCGGGACAAGUUGUAAGCGACUAUAGAUGACACACAGGCAGACAGCUGCAUUUCCUUCCCCUCUUUCUUUGAUGUAUGACUGCUUCAGUGCUGCCUGUUUUGAGCACGCCGUAGCACUCGUCCGCCACCACAUGCACCGCGUGACCUUCACAGGUAGGAAGUAAAGUCAGUCAGACAUACAGACAAACUCACACCACUUUUCCGCCACCUGACUCCUUGUCGUCUGUCGGCUGGCGCAGGGUCGGAUGAUGAGCGUGCUGCGUACCUGGCUGCCAUCCGUGAGGACAUCUGCCCCCUCGUCGACACGUUGGCGGCCACCCUGACAUCCUCCGACGCAGACAAGGCGGUGCGUGGGGGGGCCAAGGUCUGCCUCGAGUUCAUCUUCGGCUUCUGCUGCGAUUUCAAGAAUGUCACACAGAUUGGUGGGUGAAAGGGCAGACAGACGGCCCGCUCCGAGUGUGACCUCAGUUGCUGAAUGCGUGUGCCCGUCCUUGUGUGCGUCUGUGCAGAUGCCGAGUGCUUCAAUGAUGCCGACGGGCCCGUCCAGCGCUUGAUGAGAGUGCCCAAUGCGCUGCAGGCGUACGUCGCGGGCGUCAAGAGCCCCACCAAUACCCUUGCCUCUAGGAUUAGGAUCACCACGCUGCCCCUGGCUCUCCCGCAGAUGCUGGCCGGUGGGCGAAUCAAACGAGGGAUGCAUGAGAGGGAAGUGAAUGAAUGCCUCCCUGUGGAUGUGUCGCAUAAACGUCUGCAGACUGUGGCCAUCGUGAUGCCGUGUACUCUUCCGGAUGCAUCUCGAUGGCGUCGGAUAUCGCCAAGCGCCUCGACAAGGAGUCCGAUGAAAAAGUGGCAUUCUGUGCGGGCACUCUUUGGAAAAUCGUCGGAAGCGACACAGACCUCACCGACGCGCGCGCCCGGGUCAGUCCCGCAGGCCGAAAGGCAGCACGGAUGGAUGGAUGGAUGCGGCCAUGGCCAUCGUGUGGUGCUCAUUUUCAGAUCGCUGUGCGUGAAGGCCUUCCAGGAGCCCUGUGUGAGAUGACCAUCGCCUGCAUCAAGGGUCAGAUCGACCAACACAAGGUGGACGGCUUCAUCAACUUCGCUAUCAGAGCUCUGCGCGCACUCGUCAGGUACGCACACACACACGCCUGUGGUGGAAGAUAAUGUGUGGAUGUCUUCUCGGUGCAGCUACGGUGAUCGCAUGAGCAGCCGAGGGGGCAGGUUCCGUCCCGACAGCGUCACGCAGGCCAUCCUCCAGCACGAGGCCGUCAAGGCCAUGCGCGUGGCCGGGCGGCAGCCAGGUAGACGCAAGGGACACCAGCGGCAGCAGCAGCAGCAGCAGCAGGCGACAGUGCCCAAGGAGGUGGGAAAUGAUCCGCACGUGACGCCUCACACGGACAGUGUCCAUAUCAGUGUAUGUGUUGUGUGUUAGCUGUUGGAGCUGUUUGACGAGAUAGAGAGUGCGGCCAGCGAGCGGACCGAGAAGAUCAUCGCAGAGCUGGACAUUGAGGGCACGCAGGAGGGGGCCGAGGACACCAACGGCAGUAAGGGCGUCAAGAAGAAGACCAAGGGCAAGAGGGGCGGCAAGGGAGCCUGUACCAAGGAGUCGCCAUCACCAUCCAGGUGACCGCCAGAUAGGGAAAGAGCGCAUCCACAAAAAUGAACGGAAUGCGUGUGUGUGUGUGUGCCGAUCGACAGCUGUGGUGCCAUCGGCACAUCCGAAGACCGCAGCGAGCAGCCGGAGGAGGACGCAGAAGAUCCUUAUGGUCUGCCCGGCCCUCCCAGCCCGUCGCCCCCCUCCCCUCCCCGACCCUCAUGCUCAUUCUCGUCUGCAUCGGCGGCUGCGGCUGCUGGCAGUGGGCAGCAGGUGGGGGCGGGCGAUGGUGGUGAUGUCGAGGGCGGCGGCUUCAUCACCGUCGGCCGCAAGAAGAGGGGCGGCAAAGGCACUGGCGGCCACACACAGCAGCAGCAGACCAACACGGCUGACAAACGAGAUGACAAGUGAGACCGACCAAAGCACUCCACCACACUCAGCACUGACUACUCCGGUGUGCUUGUGUGUUCAGCUCGAGAGUCUUCCCGUCUUCGUCUUCGUCUUCGUCCGAGUCGACGCGGCCCUCCUCAUCGCACUCGUCUGUGUCUGGCGGCCCCCACAACGCGCCGCCCCUGCCCUUCCCUCUGCCGCCCCGCCCGGCCGCCCCGCCCCCACGGCCUCCCAACCAACACACAUCCACGCCAGCACCGUUCAGUAGCCGUGCUGGCUGUGACGAGCAGGGCCUUGCCCCCUUAGCAGCUGGGGGCAGUAGCAGUAGCAGUUUGGAGAGGGCGGUGGAGUCGGAGGGCCGCAGUGGUCAGCACAGGUACGUUUUGACGGACAGAGCAGCCGAGGAAGGGGGACGGGCAGACAGAAAAUAGCCACUGUGCCUGUGUGUGUGGUUGCGUGUCUGCAGGUGUGGUGGUGAGGUCAGCGAGUUGGAGUUGAUGCGCCAGCAGCUCGAGGCCAUGCGGCUGAAGAACGAGGCCAUAGAAAGGGAGAACAAGAGGUACGUGAGGCGACGCCACACACCCGACCUGCAGUGGUUGCAUGCCCCUCUUUCGUGAGUGUCUGAUGGGUGGUUUGCUGCCCACAGGCUGGAGGAGGAGCGCGAGAGCACUGAGUGUGACAUCUGCAUGGCCUCAAAGAAGUCCAUCGUACUCAUCCCCUGCGUAAGACAGCUCACAGGCACAACGGCUCACCUGUCCCUCUCAGCCAUGCGCUGGCCACGUGUGUGUGUGUGUGUGUGUGUGCAGCGUCACUUCUGUCUGUGCGGUGGUUGUGCUGCGGCCUUGAUGCGGCGUCCCGUAGACCAGCGGCUGUGCCCCAGGUGCCGACAGGCCAUCACGGCCACUCGACACGUCUAUCUGUGAGUGCGGGGCCAUGCUGUUAGCGACCUACUCGUCUGGUGCUACGACGCACGAGAGUCACAUGCUGGCGGUUGGAUGAGUGACAUGCCGACAGACGAG